AUUCGUCUUUGACAGGCGUGCGAAUGGCAAGGUGCAGCAUAAGAGCCGACAUGUCUCUGGGACAGUGUCACGCAACGCCUUUUACCAGGCAAUAGAGAGAGGCAAGUGGCCACGCAACGCACCGUCAUCCGUAUCAGACAAAAGAACUGCAGGGGGCCCCGGGCUUUUCCGCCAGUGCCGUCGGCUUGCUUUCGCCAUGAUGGACAAACGAGGCAGCGGCAGCAGCAUCAGCAGCGCGAUCCACGCGAGGUUGGAGCAAUAUCUACGGUCCCCGUGGCACGUCCUGAAAGACGCCGUGCUCUUCUGCCUCGCAGCGGUUGGGCUGUUUGCCCUGCUCGCGCCGCAGCGCUUCACUUGCCCCGAUACAACAACGACGAUGACGACGAUGACGACGACGGGAGGCGAUGCGGCCAGCAGCCUCGCCUCAACAUCAUCAUCAUCAUCAUUAUGGAAAACCAGCCCAUCCACCGGCCGCCACGCUUCUUCUUCCUCCUCCUCUUCUCCAGCACGCGGCAUGUGCAACUGCGGCGCCUCCGUCGCCGAGGCGCGCCGCCUGGGCUGCCGCUACGACACGCUCGCCGCCGCCUGGCUCCCGCCGCGCUGCAUCGACCAGCAGCUCACCAACGAGUUCGACCACUCGGGCGACGGGCCCGGCGGCCGCUGGGGCUACUGGUACGACCUGAACCUGACGCGGCCGGCGCGCGUCGAGGACCUGGCCGACCGCGCCGACGACAGGACUUUCCAGUUCUACUCGACGUCCGAGUGGCACACGCGCCACUGCCUGUUUUACUGGCGCAAGAUGCUCCGCGCGCGCUUCACCGGCGUCCUGGUCGAGCCCCGGUACGACACGGAGGCGCACGUCACCCACUGCGGCUCCAUCUUUGCCAGGCACGAUUCCUUUGUGGUGUCGGCGGCUGUCGUGCUGAACUCGGAUGGCGGCGAGCUCUAGACGACCCCCGGGGGGGGGGGGUGUCAAGAACAACUGCGUAGGGAGAACGAAAGCUGUUUUUUUUUUUUAAAGAAAACACUACAAUGCCAGUCAAUGGCGGGUUUGCAUGUCAUCUCACCACCUCCCUCAAGGUCCGAUAUGCCUUAAAGGGCGAUGCACAGAAGCAAGACGAGUCGGCGUCAAUCGCCAUCUCGCGCAACCAGCCUCCAGGCAGGCAGGCAGGCAGGCACAUACUUGAUACUCAACAUGGCGCCCUCUCUCUCACUCUUUCUUGGUGACGAGGGUGGACUGGCAUACGAAGAACCCUUGAUGCUCCGUUGCCACAGCGGGUUCGAUAGCAAAACCUGGCCGGUCAACACGCGCGGCAGCUCAGGAGCCUAUCCUUUUCUCCCUGGAGCGCUUCCUGAACGCUAUGGCGCGGCACAUACAAAGUUGCACAACGGGCACAACAGACAAGUAUAGUGGUACUUGCCUCGUAAUGGCAACGCAACCAUCAAAUCUGGGACACCAUCAUCUUGAAAACCGCAGUUCGAAGCGAUCGCGGUUGUCGGGCUUGGGUACAAGACGCAAAAGCACAAAAUAGAUUUCACAUCCGACUCUUCCCGUUGUUGGCUGAACUCGGUAAGAGGUAGAUGGUGAGGGGGGGGGGGGGGGUUCAUGUACAUAGCCGGAAGGUCCGCAGAGUUUGAGCCUACGCAAAUGCAAUGCAGGGAUGAUGCUGGAGCAGUGCCAGGGUCUUUGAACUUCAACGGCGACAGCGGCGCGCCCAGGUCACAAAAGCAACAAGUAAGAAGUUCACGAACGUACGCACCACGAUAAGUUCGGACCCAGGGCAGCAGUCGCACGGCUAUGACGACGUCCUUUUCAAAAACAUGUCCAUCAACGGACAAGGCAGCGUAUAUAUGAACGUCGAUCGAAUCCCCGCCCUUUUUUGUGGACUCCCUUGGCCGUCGACUGAUACCCGU